AUCAAAACAGAAAAGUUGGGAGGAGAGAGAGAGAACGAGAGAGGGAGGAAAGCUUAACAGACAAACAAUGAGCGACAGACACCGGGGGAGAAGAGAAGGACAGACAUACAGAGAGAAUAAACGGGUGGACAGACUGAGUGAGUUGAGGAUUUUCAGAGCCAGUGAGCUGGAAAAGAGAAGUGGACAACCACUGUGCCCCUGAAAAGAGUGCAUGAAGAAGGUAGGGAGGAGGGCUGUGAAGACAGAAGGAGAGAGAGAGAGGUGAGUUGGAGGGUCUGCAAAAGGUUGAGGGACCGAAAUAUCUCAUGGACCGUGGACAGUUCUGUAACUGUAGUGAGAUUUGAGGAGACCAUAAAACAUGUACCUGUGGUACAGAGUAGUGUAUGUUUUAGCUUGACCACAUACAGUUCUAGAAAAUGGAGAUACAAUUCUGUGAAAGAGGUGGAAUAUUUUGAACUUUGAAGUUUUAGAAGGACGGAAGAAUUGACGUAUGAGGUGGACGGGAGACGGAGAUUACAAAGCAAAAAGUCACUUGGAGGAAAAAAUUGAGACAAUCUUUUUUACACAUUAACACAAUCCUCCAUCUACUGUAAUAUUGCAGACACUGCAUUUGGACAGAAGGAGAGAGAGAGAAAGAAGGAGAGGGAGAGAAGGGACGCACCAAAAAAGGGCUGGAGUUAGAGUCGGAGUAACUGCAUGCUUAACAGACACUGUAGAGUCACGGGGAGAGAAGAAUAAGGGGGCGGAGAGACAGAGAGACAGAGAGACAGACAGACAGACAGACAGACAGAGGGACAGACAGACAGACAGACAAAGUGACAGACAGACAGUGGAACAUUUCAGCUGGUGUAAGCCCCCAGCAGUCACACACAACCACACCCCCCCACACACACAAACACAAAUACACACACUGUACAGAGUGAAGGACUGACAGAUGACAGGGGAGUUGCAAGGGGCACAGAGCAAGGAUAGCCGGAUCGAGAGAGAGAGAGGGAGGGAAAAAGAGAGAGUGACAGAGACAGGGAAGAAGAGAGAGAGCGGGGAGGCACUGUAAACUACAGGAAGCCCCGGUGUGAAACAAACAGGGGACAGUGGCUAGAAGUGCUCCACUCCAGAACCAGCCACCAGUCUCCAUGGACUCCAGGGAGUUGCAGCACCGCUGAACCCAGGCCCUCCUCUGCUGAACAGCAUGUCGGCGGGCCCGGGACCUCGUGACUCAGACCUACUGCUGUUGGAACUCCAGGCCCCAGGGCCGGUUGGACUGCAGACACUGUUGGACCUGCUAGUGGGGGUGUACCAAGAGUUCCACUCGUUACCCCUUGCCAGGGAGAAGUACGUCUCGAGCUUCCUACAAUGGGCGGAGCCCCUGGUGAGGCAGGUGAAGAAGACACGCAUCAAGAGGGAUGACUUCCAUAUCUUGAAGGUGAUUGGUCGAGGGACCUUCAGUGAGGUGGCUGUGGCGAGGAUGCGUAGCACACAGCAAGUGUACGCGCUGAAGAUUAUGAAUAAGUGGGACAUGCUGAAGCGAGGAGAGACAGCUUGUUACCAGGAGGAGAGAGAGGUUCUGCUGAAGGGUGAUCGAAGGUGGAUCACAGAGCUGCACUAUGCCUUCCAGGACGACAAUUACCUGUACCUGGUGAUGGACUACUACGUGGGUGGUGACCUGUUGACCCUGCUCAGUAAGUUUGGCGACCGUAUCCCUGAGGACAUGGCCCAGUUCUACUUGGCUGAGAUGGUCAUGGCGAUCGACUCCAUCCACAGGAUGGGCUAUGUUCACAGGGACAUCAAACCUGACAACAUCAUGCUGACGGCGGAGGGCCACGUCAGGCUGGGGGACUUUGGUUCCUGUCUGAGGGUCCAGGAGGAUGGCAUGGUGUACUCUUCCCUGGCGGUGGGCACACCCGACUACCUGUCCCCAGAGAUCCUGCGUGCGGUGGAGGGAGGGGGAGGCUACGGCCCUGAGUGUGACUGGUGGGCCCUGGGGAUCUGUGCCUAUGAGAUGCUGCAGGGGACCACACCCUUCUACGCAGACUCCAUCUCUGAGACCUACGCCAAGAUCAUGAACUUCCAGGAGCACUUUGAGUUCCCCCCGUCUGGCCCCGAGGUUUCAGAUGAGGCCCGUUCCCUCAUCAUGGGGCUAAUCUGUGAGAGGGGGGAUCGUAUGGGGGCCAGGGGUUCUGGGGACUUCAGAGCCCACCCCUUCUUCUGUGGACUAGACUGGGGCUCCCUGCAUGAACUUCCAGCACCCUUCCAACCUGAAGUCUCCAACGCCACUGACACCUCCAACUUUGAUGUGUUGGAUGACUGCCUCAGUGAAAUGGAAACACUGAGUGAUGUUAUGGACAAGGCCCCUAUCGGAGUUCACCUGGCUUUCGUUGGCUACUCCUACACAGCUACAAGACAGACAGGUGCCUUGGAUCGCAGUCGUGACAUCAUGAUGGAGAUUGACCACCAGCGACACCUUGGGUUGCCAAGCUUCAAUUUCCAGGAUAAGCUUAGUCAGAUGUGGCAGCUCAGAGAUGUCCUGACCACGCCUGACAACCUGCCUGCCCUGCUUGAGCUCCCCCUAGCCUUGGAGCAGGGUACUGCAGAGUCGACUCACACCACAACAGAGGAGGAAGAGGAGGAGAACGACCAGAAUUCAGUACUUGAUGAGGAUCUGCAUAGGCGGCUGCAAGAGGCAGAGAAGAGGAAUGGAGAGCUGGAGAAAGAGAUGGAGAGACUGAGAGGGGAGAUCCAGGGCCUGAAGUCCCCCAAGGAGACAGGCAAGGGACCCAGCACUCAUCCCUCCUCAUCUCCUCUUCAAAAAAACCUCAUACUUGAAUCAUUGCCUGUUCUAUCAUCAUUCCUUGGGUUUCUUUUCCAACCAUUUUGAACUUUUGACCUGAAGGUUGUGUCGUGUUCAUAAAAGUACACAACUGAAAAAUUGUAAAACUGUUUUGCAACGGAAAACUAAAAUGAGCUUUUCUUAUUGGAAGAAUCCAGCUAGUCCCUCCCUUUUUCAAAACAUUUUCAUACAUUUGAUGCCUUAUGAACACAACCCUGGAAUUGUGUAGCAGCAUUACCUCAUCCUAUAGACAUCUAUAAGUGCUAUAGUAUCUCUUCACAGGCAACAGUGUCUAACAACACAAAUGUGAUAUGGUAGGAUUUCCAGACCAUAUGAGCCACAUACUGUGAAAAAAUAGUGUUUCAUAGCAGGAGCACCAAGCAGCAUCUGCUUAUGUUGGAGCCCUUGGCCAGAACAGAACAAUAAAUAUCCCCUCUAAGAAUAGGCCUGGUAUGCAGCCAUUGGCCCUCCCUCUCUAUAAAUCAAUACAGUGUAAUGAGACUUUUAAAGAUGCAGUGUUUGGGGGUCUCCUUCAGGGUAGGUUUCUAAUGGAUGGAUGUGUGGAUGGAGGGCUGGAUGCAUUCAGUCCCUUAGAGGACUCCAACUCCCAGAACGCACCAAAUGACAGGCGCUGUUGACAAGCAGAUAACCAGGACCGGCGAGCUUGUUUAAAGGGGAAACAACAUUGUUAAUGAAAUAAUAAACAUAUUUACGUACUAUACUUUUAAAAAGUUGCCAAGAAAUACUGGCAAAGCCUCACGCCCUUUCCAAUCACUCCAUUUUCAUCACAUUCUCUCUUUCUCUCUCUCACUUCCACACACCCAUUCACUCACGCAAUCACUGCUGCUGAAAUUGUUUGCGUUUUUGUUGUUGUUGUGACUUUCACAGCUGGCUCGUCAGCAGUGCACCCACCCAAAAACAGUUUCCUGCAAAAGUGCAGCUACUCAGUCCUGGGCCACGUUCAGUAGGCAAACAUUGAGGAAUGCUGCAGAUAGAAAUGUUAUGCGGAAUAGAACUCCCAGCUAUUUGGCUCCUUGGAAGUUGUGUAAACAUACGUUUUUGGUUUCCUAUUGGUUCUGGGAACGAAGUCAUAUGUUUCCUGACAGGUAAAACUGAAUGUUUUUAAAGCAUUCUGAGAACGGAAAUAAACAAUUUGCCUGUUCUGGGAAUGUUCAUUUUUGGGUUGUAGGGAGGUUCUGAGAACGUUUUACUACUUUCCCUGAAAGAUUUCAUUAAAGUUCUGAGAACGGAAAUUAUACGUUAUUUCAAGGUAAUUAAAUAAUAUUCUGAGAAGAUGUUUCAAUAAGACUUUUAAUAACACUGUUUUGAACUUCAAGUACAGAUAGCAAAUUCAUUUCCAUGUGUCCUAAGGCAUUAAUCAUGCAAACACAUGUAUUUUUAUUGUGGCUCAGCAUCAGUGAAUUUGAACCGAUGAUCUUCUGUUCUCUAUCCAUGGCAUUAGUCCACUGCGCCACCAGGAUGGAGCUAGCAUGCCAUGUUCAUUUUAGUCUAUUCAAACAUACCCCAUUUCAAAGGAAACAAGCACUCAUCAAGAUCAGAUGUGGCCAAUUAGUGGGCGUGGCCAACACACCUGAGCAUACAAGAUAGAGGAUAUAGUUUUGUUGAUGCUCAGAGCAGAACGUAUAUGUGUUUAAACUUUUUUUGAAUGUUACUAAUGUUUUCUUGUCAUUUAUAUGGAAUGUUUUCCUGAUGUUCUGAGAACAUGACUUUAAAUAGAACCAUGAGGAAACCCGUAGAAAUUGUUAUGCUGAUGUACAGAAAUUCCCACCUAAGAAAUAUAUGGUUCUCAGAAAGUUAUGUGCUAGCUGGGUAUCGUGCACCAUUCCCAGAAUGUUGUGGGAAGGUUUUCUGCAAAAUAACAAUAGGAAAACCACGCUCUCACCAAGCGCUAAGAAACAUACCGUAUGGUUCUCAGAACAUAAUGUGCUAGCUGGGCUGACACGAUAGAGCUAAUCCUCAAUUCUGGGUGACAGACAAUCAUAUCUGUUCUACACAAUAUAUUUAUAUCUGAACAUUCCUGUAACUUUUCACCCUCCUGAACAGGCCCCUGCUCUCUUGGGCUAGGUUUCCCAAAAGCAUUGUAGGACUAAGAUCAUCAUUCGUCCCUUUAGUUUCAAUGGAAUUAAAAUGAUCUUAGUGCUACGAUGCUUUUAGGAAACCCAGCCUUGGGCUGUUCUAAUGUACCUCUCUCUUCUCCAAUCACAGAACUGCGUGUCUGCCCGUCGUCUCUUUCUCUGCCUGCACACUGUCUGGACGAUGGGAAGAAAUCGCCCCCUGCCUGUCACUACCCGCUGGUGAUCCCUCUCCACCGCCACCUGCUGCUGUUUCACAGGAUGCGCUGGCCACAGCAGAGAAGUGAGUCCUACUUGUUGGUGUGUGCGGAGGGGGGAGAUCUCCAAGCCUGGGACAGACACUGCUGUACUGAGAUCUCCUGAACCCCCCCCCCCCUCUUUGUUUAGCUACCUCCCCCUCUUGGGAUCGAGGGGCGACCCAGAUGUGUCACCCCCUACGCUACAGCUGCUCCCUUCCCCCAAACACCCCCUCGGCUAACAGGACAGGAGCACCACAUGGCUGGAGGGAUGAAGGGUGGGGAUGAAAUGGGCUUAACGUGAAGUGGACAGAACACACUGGAGUGGCAGCAGCAUGAUGCUACUCUGCAUCCACCACAGAGUCCUAUUACAGUACCUCUGAAGGAGAGAGUUUUGAGCUAGUAUGGUGGACGGGCGUUAAAGCGAAUGCUAUACUCAUUGCACUUGUCCCAUUUAUAGAAUUAAGAGUGAGCAGAGUGCUGGGCAUGAAUGGGGUAACGGGGAACAUGGAGCAGUGGGAUAACCAUAGGAAAGCUAAGGACUGUCACUAGCUUAAAAUGAAUGGGGAGGUAUAGAAAAUGUUAAUGAAGGACAUCUCCUCCUGGACUACUAAUAGAUGCCUGUUGCUUUCCGAGUGUCGCUAUGUGGGCACUUAUAUCUCUGAGCGGACUGAGGUAAAAGCAAGCUCUGACAACAAGAAGACACCACAGCAAAGAGACAUUGCUGGUUUAAGUGACAGCCAGAGGGGACAAUCAGUCCACUCCAUAAGCACACACUCUCCAGCACACCUGGACAUUAUUGGUGCAUUUUGUCCAAUAUUAUUGUGGUACAAAUGUUCAGUCAUUAAUUUUUAACAGCAUCAUCUAGUGGUUUACUUUGUAUAUAUACAUGUAAGAGUGGAUUGUGUUGAAUGUGAGAGGUAUUCGUUGCACUACAGGCUUUGAUGAAAGCAUGCUAUUAGAUGGGCCUGUUUGGAAUACAUAGAUGACAUCUACAGAACAAUACCAAGCAAAUGUUGACUGAAGGCUAAGGACAGAGAGAUCGGAGGUUGGUGUGUUUUACGAUUUCUGGGAUUGCAAGGUUACACUUUAAGGUUGCACUUAGCUCAGGUCCAGGGCUUGCUGAUGCUGAGCCUUCCUACAUCAAGGCUGUGUAGGAUGUAGGAAGGCUCUGCGUCAGCAAGCCGCAUGUAAAGCCUUGAACCAGUGCUAGGAUAGGUGAUGUACAGUUUAAGUCGGAAGUUUACAUACACCUUAGCCAAACAUUUAAUCCUAGUAAAAAGUCACUGUUUUAGGUCAGUUAGGAUCACCAAUUUAUUUUAAGAAUGUGAAAUGU